CUCUUUCAUGAAGUGCAUCUCCGGAGCACUGCAAACAGCCCCUUGCCACCACUUUCAGAUAAUAUCUCGUGGUUCUUGCAAGACAGGUCACACCUCAGAGUUUACCGCAAAAGCUUCACAGAUCGGGCAUUAAUGGCACAUAGGAUCGGAUCUCAAAAUGCAAAAUUUCGGGCAUUCAACCUGCAGCUGAGAAAUCCAAAAAAAAAUUGCAAAAUUCGGGCAUGCCAACCUACAGGGGGUCUUGCUUUUAGGCUGGAGACGGCAACUUCAACACUGAAUCAUACCAUUUUCUUCCUCAAUCUACAAGGUGGUACUUGCUAACGUCACCGUGGAUUCUGGACAAAUAUCUGCUGUCUCGUGCUUGAACAUUUCUAUACUGACCAGCCAUGUGACAUCCCUUUGGAACUAGUAUGUCCGCUUCAAUGGAAAGCUUAUGACCAGCUACUCUCACCCUCCAUUCAAUUCGGGUCCUAGACGUCGGGUGUAUUCACGAUCCUGAGAUGAUCUUGGCGAUACGGGACCUUGACCCUGUCAUCAAGCGGAACCUAGCCGCCUUCCGAAUAGGCUUGUAUCCUUUGGAGAUGAGAGAAGGACGUUUAGAGUUCUACCACUUCCCUACAAGCCCUUGGAGGCUAUCGACAUACCAGCUUUCACGUGGUUCUCAAUUAUCAUUCCCUAGCAUCCCUCGAUGACACUAUACGUUAGCGUUUUCGAACUUCUUCCAGCAACAGUGCGCGAGAUCACGUUUGACAGGCCUGAUGCGAUACUUUGUGACCUGGGGCCUGUAUGGAGACCUCUAGAUCCACUCCAAUCCCGAUGUCCACAACUUGAGCGCGUGACAGUUGAGCGCGUGUGUCUCAAGCACUCGAACAUCGCCGUAUGCGACAGGCCAGAAGGUGUUCUGAUGGUCUGGCCCAACCCGAUGCGAACAAUGUUCUGCGAGCGUAUGCCGACCUUGAAUGCGAAAGGCAUAUUGGACUUCCCUGCUUCUGAUGAUCUCUGAGGCCUGUUGUAUGUCUACUUGUGGCACACAUAUCCCGGUUUCAAGUGGGAUUUUCUCUAGGCUUCGCAACAUUACAGAGCAUGUUUGAAAGCUUUGUACCUACUGCCAUGGCACUACUGCGACAAAUUGUUUGAUUAAUUUGUACUAUUCUCA